CUCUGUCAUACUGCUGUAUUUACAUCCGGGUACUCGUGGUGACCUUGGAUGGAGGAUCAUCAUGGCGGCUGUGUACAAGCUCUCUUCUGUGUGUCGCAGAGGAGUUCACCCUCUGCUCUACCAAAGCGCCUUGCUGGCCCGACCAGCUGCCAUCCUACAGAAACGGAGGGAGCCGCCAUGUCUGCUGACGGCAAGAAUUCAUUCCUCGCAGGCGCUGCACAGUGGAGCUGACUCUAAAGCUGCCUCUAUGCACUGGACAGCAGAGCGAGUGCUGAGCAUCGCUCUCCUGGCUAUGGGUCCUGUUGCAUAUUAUAGCCCCGGCCCGGUCAUAGACUACUCUCUGGCUGCAGCCCUGACCCUGCAUGGACACUGGGGGAUUGGCCAGGUUCUCACAGACUACGUCCACGGAGACGCCAAAGUCAAGAUGGCUAACGCGGGGCUCUUCCUGCUCUCCACCGUCACCUUUGCGGGUCUUUGUUAUUUCAACUACAACGAUGUGGGGAUUUGCAAAGCUGUGGCUCUGCUCUGGAGUAAAUGAGCUCCUCUGGACUGACACGCUUUGGACGAGAUUGUAAAGAAGAUGAAGUGUUCUUUGUAAAUUCCUAUGAAAGGAUCAUUUGACAAUAGUACUUCAAUGUAUGUGUUGUGUACGUUCAUUCAUCUCCAGCUUGUUUUUUUUAAUCAUCAGUAGAAGUUCACGUCCACCUCCAGACAAGCAGCUGAAGCUUCUGCUUCAAAUCUGUUUCCUGUUGGUUCAUGGAACACUUCACUUUCGUUCUCCAAGUGGAGAACCUCCUCAAACACCGACUGGGUCCACCUGGCAGUCAGACGUCUGACCUGCAGACGUGUUCGUGCAGAUUUAUGGCAGAGUUGAAGCAUCCUCACUGCAGACGAGCAGCAGAAUGACUUGGUACCGUCCUGUUUGAUGCGCCGCUUCAUCACUACAGUCAGAACCUACCGUGUGUUCUGCCGCCGUCACGCGCCAUGUAAAAAUAAACCUAUUUACAAACAUGAA